UUACACUUUAACCCCAAAAGUAACUGGACAUGUGCAAAGAAACGUCGUCGCAAAAGUCACUGUGGCUCAAGCCUCAGGGGAUGAUGAGGCAUCAUCUCUCUAUGUUCUUCAACCUGUUGUAGAUCAGAAAGAUCGAUCGGAGACCAGUUCAUACGAUGUGGCGAAGAUCUUCUGUAUCGUAUUUGUCUUCAAGGAUCUUCCUGUCCUCCUCCUCCUCGCCAAACCCUAGAUUGAUUCCCUGGUCCCGCGAGCUUCGUGCCGUAAACAGCGUCUCCGAUCCUCCGCUUUCGGGCUCAGCUGAUAAGCUAGCGAUUCCGGCAGAAAGGUCCAAUGUGGUUCGAGCUUUUAUGUCAACCUCCGCAUCCGCCACCACCGCCGGUGAACUUUCAUCCAGAGUUCCGUCGGCGGUUGGGUUAGGGCGCCAUUACGCUCGAUGCUAUUGGGAGCUUUCCAAAGCUCGACUCAGCAUGCUUGUGGUUGCAACUUCUGGAACCGGAUAUGUUCUUGGGACUGGAGAUGCUGCAAUGGACUUUGCCGGGCUCUGUUACACAUGUACUGGUACGAUGAUGGUUGCUGCAUCUGCUAACUCCUUGAAUCAGAUUUUUGAAAUAAGCAAUGAUGCCAAGAUGAAGCGAACAAGACAAAGGCCGUUGCCUUCAGGGCGCAUCAGUGUAACCCAUGCUGUUGUGUGGGCAUCUUUUACCGGUGCUGCUGGUGCUUCUCUGUUGGCUUGCAAGGCUAAUAUGUUGGCUGCUGGUCUUGCAUCUGCCAAUCUUUUCCUUUAUGCAUUUGUUUAUACUCCGUUGAAGCAGCUUCAUCCUGUCAACACAUGGGUCGGGGCUGUUGUUGGUGCUAUCCCACCCUUGCUUGGGUGGGCUGCAGCCUCUGGUCAGAUUUCACUUAAUUCGAUGAUUCUUCCAGCUGCUCUAUACUUUUGGCAGAUCCCUCACUUCAUGGCCCUUGCGUACCUGUGCCGUAAUGAUUAUGCUGCAGGAGGGUAUAAGAUGUUCUCGCUUUUUGAUCCUUCUGGGCAGAGGACAGCCGCAGUGGCUCUUAGGAACUGCUUGUAUAUGGUUCCUCUCGGUUUCUUAGCCUAUGAUUGGGGUUUGGCAUCAGGCUGGUUUUGCAUGGAAUCAACCCUCCUCACACUUGCAAUUGCCGCAACAGCAUUUUCAUUCUACCGAGACCGAACCACUCAGAAAGCAAGGAAGAUGUUCCAUGCCAGCCUUCUUUUCCUUCCCGUUUUCAUGUCUGGUCUGCUCUUGCACCGUGUCUCUGAUGACAAUCAGCAGUUCCUUGAAGAUGUCGGGUCGAUGAAGAAGAAGAUGUCCGAGCAUUCUGCAUCGGAAGCUACAGAUGGUGAUGACGAUGACAGAACUCGCCGCCGAAAGAAGAGCAGAGCUCGCCCCCCUGUGGCGUACGCAUCUGUUGCACCAUUCCCUUUUCUGCCGGCUCCUUCCUUCUCAUCUUCCUAAAACAUGGCGAAUUCACAAAUUUUUUUUUUGGUUGAAACAAAUACAGAACAUCCGAAAGCAUUCUUUGAUUUUUUUAUGUCUGAGAAUAUGAAGAGGGUAAUGCAUGCAAGUUUUAAGAUUUUGUCCCCUUUUUAACUCUUUUGCUUAUGACUUUGUACUUGCUGACAUUACGAAUUCGACUUUUAUGGUCCUGAAUCUGUGAUUGUGUUUCA